AUGCAGCCGACUGUUUACUUCCCAAAUGCUUCCCUCUACGUCGGACCACACGGGGAACCCCCUCUGUCACGCACUGGCUACAUCCUGCUCUCCAUCAUUAUGGCCUUUUUCACCGGUCCUGCCAUCAUACUCAACGCUACAGUGAUCAUUGUCUCCCUCAUGCACAAGCAGCUGAGGCAGCCGCUCAACUACGCUCUGGUGAACAUGGCUGUGGCUGACCUGGGCACAGCUAUGACUGGAGGGCUGCUGUCUGUGGUCAACAACGCCCAGGGGUACUUCUCCCUGGGAAGGACAGGCUGCGUGAUGGAGGGCUUUGCAGUAUCCUUGUUUGGCAUCACAUCUCUGUGCACAGUUGCUCUGAUCGCGGUGGAGAGGAUGUUUGUUGUAUGUAAGCCUCUGGGGCAGAUAACCUUCCAAAAGAAGCAUGCAUUUGGAGGUAUCGCCCUGUCCUGGCUGUGGUCUCUCACCUGGAACUUACCUCCCCUCUUUGGUUGGGGCAGGUACGAGCUGGAGGGUGUCGGGACGUCCUGUGCACCAGACUGGCACAACAGAGACCCUAAAAACGUCUCCUACAUAAUUGCUUACUUUGCAGUGUGCUUUGCAGUUCCCUUUGCUAUCAUCGUGGCAUCCUACACAAAGCUAAUGUGGACUUUACACCAGGUGUCAAAGCUGGCCUGUCUGGAAGAUGGUGCAGUGGCUAAAGGUGAAAUGAAGGUGGCGUUCAUGGUGAUUCUGAUGGUCCUGACGUUUCUGAUCAGCUGGAUGCCUUACGCCAGCCUGGCCAUGCUGGUGGUCUAUAACCCUGAAGUAGAGAUUCACCCGCUGGUGGGCACGGUGCCUGUUUACCUGGCCAAGAGCAGCACUGUGUACAAUCCUAUCAUCUACAUUUAUCUCAACAAACAGUUUCGUAAACACGCGGUGCCCUUCCUGCUGUGUGGGAGAGAGCCCUCUGUGGACGUCGAAGCAUCAGAGGUGACGACUGCAGAGAUUGCAAUGAGCAAAGUUACUCCUGCCUGA